UGUUACACGAAAUAAUCAGUGUUGCGUCGACUGCAGAGAAAACAUGUCUGCGAUCGAGUAUAAACUAUACGAAAAUGUAUUCAUCGAAACUAAUUUACAAUCAGUUGAUUAUGAUGCCGUGAUCCUCAUUUUGUAUCCUGAAGACAUUCAAGUACCGUUGCCAAGGCAUAUACAAAGUUUUAUCGACAAAAUUGCCAAAGUUGAUAAGCAUAUACAUAAGACUACAACUGUCUGGAAUUGUGACUAUGUGUCUGGUGAAAGACUAGUGCUGUCUCCAACGGGGAAGAUAAGCCCAUAUCAUGAUGCGAGGGUGGUUAGAGAAGCAGCCUAUAAAGGCAUGGUGAGAGCUAUGGAUGCUGGUGCGAAAAAACCUCUCCUGGUUGUGCAAAAUGUGGUGAACUUCCCUGAUGGACAGUUAGUCUGCAUUUUGGGCGCUCUAGAAGCUUUAUACAUACCCCUACAAACAAGAGAAAGGGAUAACACCAAGAAUAUUUCAUGGAUUGGUCUCCAUUCCGAAGAGAAGUUAAGCGAACAAUUUGAGAAGACUGUCCGUAAUGCGUUAGCUUUGGAAAAGUCUAGAAUACUCGCUCGAGAUAUCGCUGGGAGUGAUCCGGAGAGAAUGACACCAGUUAACAUUGUAAACUAUGUGAAAUCAUCAUUUAGUGGCGACAGUAAUAUCUUCAUUAAAGUCAUUGAUGACAGCAAUACUAUUAAUGAAGAGUAUCCAUUGUUAGCAGCUGUGAACAGAGCAGCGAGUCAAAUUGACAGACACAAGGCUAGAGUCGUCGAAAUUGAGUAUAGACCAUCAGACCCAAGCAGAGUAACUCAAACUCUUCUGCUAGUUGGCAAAGGAGUGACUUAUGAUACUGGCGGUGCCGAUUUGAAGAUCUCAGGGAAAAUGGCGGGCAUGUGUCGAGACAAAAGUGGAGCAGCCGCCGUCGCCGGCUUUCUAAAAGCCUGUUCUUUACUCAAACCACCUCAUUUGAAGGUCAUCGGCGUUCUAUGUCUCUGCAGAAACUCUAUUGGCGAAGACUCUUACGUUCCUGAUGAAUUACUGGUAUCAAAAAGUGGUAAAACCGUUAGAGUGACGAAUACAGAUGCUGAAGGAAGAUUUGCGAUGGCAGAUUCGUUGUUCAAAAUGGGUGAAUUAGCUGUCAAAGAGUUAAACCCUCAUCUGUAUACCAUUGCAACUUUGACAGGCCAUGCUAGGUUGUGUUACGGGAAUUAUACUGCUGCGCUUGACAACCACAGCGCAAGGAGUACGAAUCAUUCGUCCGCUUUGCAAUUCAGUGGGUCUCGUGUCGGCGAAGGUUUUGAAGUAUCUGUCAUACGGCCAGAGGAUUUGACAGUUAAUAACGGAAAGGGCAAAGGCGAAGACUUAAUCCAGGUUGAUAUGGAUGCGAAGGCUCGUCAUCAUCAGCUUGCAGGAGGCUUUCUAAUCAAAGUUGGAGGGUUAGAAGAUAAAAAUGUGAAAUACACCCAUUUGGAUAUCGCUGGAGGUGCCGGCUCACCGCCUUCGGAGCCAACGGCUGUGCCAAUUUUAACUCUAUGCCAUGUACAUAAGGUGCUUAUGUAAUUUUUGUUGCUGAGGAAUUACUUUGGUAAAGCGAUUUGAUUUCGUCAGAAGUUAAUUGAUUGAUAAGGUGUAAAAUAUUGGCUAAUGUAGAGUUUAUUUCAAGUACAGUAAAACUGAUAAGAUAUGUGAUAGUGUUACGAGCUGUUUUUGUUUUAAUUGAAUAAAUUAUGUACUUAG